GUGGUGUGGGCCGUGGAAUUACGAUGAGUGGCGAAGAAAGUGACAACGACGGAGAUUUGGGGAUGAUGAGAAGAUUGAGAUAGAUGAGGUUCCCGCUGCAGCAUGGGCGCCCCAUCCCAUCAUCGCCACCACACAGAUAGUGUUCAUAGAAUUACACACAGAUCGCCAUUUCAAUCCAUUUUCCAUUUCCAUCACCAUGCCCACCACCUUGUUACUCUACCCUAACCCCUUACACCUUAAAUGGAAACACCAAUUGCCUCUUCAACCACCACACCACCACCGCACUCACCACCACACCUUCUUCCCAAAACCCUACAAAUUCACAUCAAUACAACUCCCCGCCGCCGCACGCAACACCAUCAAAUGCCUCUCAUCGCAAACGCCCACCCCCAAAUCCACUCUCGAGGCUCUCGCCACCAAACUCUGGAACUUUUUCCGGAAACCCGCCGUCGCUGCGGUCCUAGUAGGGCUGCUCUUGAUGUACGAUCCUAACUCCGCCGCGUUAGCGGCAUCUGGAGGUCGAGUUGGUGGGAGAUCGUUCUCUUCUUCAUCUUCUUCUUCGUCGAGGAGUUAUUCAGUGCCGAAUCCAUCGCCGGGAUUCUCUUACUCGGCGCCGUAUUACGGGCCUUCUCCGUUCAGUGGUGGGUUUUACAUGGGGCCUGCUGUUGGGGUCGGAGUGGGUGCUGGCUCAAGCUUCUUUCUCAUCUUGGUGGGAUUUGCUGCUUUUAUUUUGGUUUCUGGGUUUCUUUCGGAUCGUUCUGAAGGUAGUGUGCUCACUGCUGCUGAAAAAACCACCGUGCUUAAGCUUCAGGUUGGGUUAUUGGGGAUGGGUCGCUCACUUCAAAAGGAUCUGAAUAGGAUUGCACAAGUUGCAGAUACAUCAUCCCCAGAAGGUUUGAAUUAUGUAUUGACAGAGACGACACUGGCUUUGCUUCGGCAUCCUGAUUACUGUAUCUCGGCAUAUUCAUCUGUGGAUGUAAAACGGAGUAUAGAAGAUGGGGAGAAACGUUUUAAUCAACUUUCAAUUGAAGAGCGGGGAAAAUUUGAUGAAGAGACACUGGUCAAUGUUAAUAACAUAAAGAGGCAAAGCACAAGAAGCCAGAGAGCGAAUGGGUUCAGCAAUGAAUACAUAGUGAUAACAAUCUUGGCAGCUGCCGAAGGAGAACAUAAACUUCCUAGCAUCAAUGGGAGUGGAAACUUGAAGGAUGCUUUACAGAAACUUGGAUCCAUUCCUUCAAGCAGAUUAUUGGCCGUUGAGGUGUUAUGGACCCCACAGAAUGAGAAUGAUACUCUCUCCGAACGGGAGUUACUUGAAGACUACCCACUUUUGCGGCCUCUGUAAAUUGUGAUGGUGUGCUUGCUUCUGCUUCUUGCCUCUUGGAGUUAUGAGUUACUGGGUUGUGAUUGCGUAGUUGAGAAUCAUCUAUACUGAUACUGAAAUAAUCACGUUAAAACUAUUGUUAUUCCGGCACUACUCAAUCUGCAAGGUUGUAGUUAGCUGCGACCAAUAUGAGUAGUGAUUUUGUGUCACUAUAUCUAAAAGUUCAGUGAUACAAGUUGUACAAAUUACCAGUAGGAUCAAUUCUAUAGAUUAUAUAGAACAUGUACAAAUAGAAUUUUGUUAGUACUUAAAUUGAAAUUGUUGUCUCUCUGUUGAGAAAAUGCUCUGCUAUUAACUUCGGUGGACUUUUCCAUAAUUUGUUCGUGCAAGUUAUUGGAAUACAUACUCUAGAAAAUUUGAGUAUUGCAAAUUUCAUUUAUAGAACAAAAUUGUAAUGUUUAUUUGUCUUUUUA